AUUACCUAUUUUCUGUUAUUAUCAUUUAUAAAUUAAAUAUUAAUUUGUUUUGCAUUUUACACUGUUGUAGCUACCAUGUUUGAAAGAUUAACCUUGGAAGAUCCUGUUUUUUGUCCAUAUGCUUGCGGCCGGUCGUAUAGUGGAAAAAAUCGUAAGGGUAAUCUAAAAAGGCACUUGUCAUUCGAAUGUGAAGUUACAUCUUUAUUCAAAUACAGUUGUGAUAUUUGUUUAAAAAAGUAUACAAGAAAAGAAACUUUAACAGUCCAUCGAGUAAAUUCACAUAAUGUCCAUUAAAAUAUAGAUUUAAUAGUUCCACAAUAGAAUAAUGUUAUGUUGUCAAAAUAUGAAUCAUUAUUCAUCAUAGAUUUUUUUUAUUGAAGUGAAGUAUGUGAUUUACUGAUAUCAAUUUUUCAAUUAUUUUUAUACGCAUACAUAUUAUGUACACUCGUUUUACUGUAAGGUGGGUGCACACGAUGCGGCAUAGGUAUGACGUCACCAAUUUGUUUUUUUUGUGCCGUGUGGCAACAUUUUCUAUUGCCCUACUCUAUGCAGUCUACAUCAAUGAAUGUGCCGCAUCUGUAUGGACAUAUUUUCUGCAGUUUGGUGGCAAAUAUUUGACUGUCCUCAAUACAAAUGCUCUUUUGUCAAGUGAACCCGUAUUUUCCACUCAACUUAAGUUACUCAAAUCAAGAAACCAUAAUGCAGUUACUGGAAAGCGUCCCUGACUGUGAUCCAAUGUUUUGUCCAAAUUUUUGUGGUCGUUCUUAUAAAGGAAAAUACCGCAAACACAAUCUCAAACGUCAUAUGAUGUUAUCUUGUGGAGUGAAUGCACAAUUUGAAUGCACAUUUUGCCAAAAACGAUUUAGGUCAAAUCAAAUAUUAAAGGUUCAUUUAGCCUACGUUCAUGACAUACUUCCAAAUUCAAUCAAUCUUUGGAAAAAUAUCGAAUGUUUUGUCCAAAUGGUUGUGGCCGAUCAUAUAUCGGGAAAAACAGCAAAUACAAUCUCAACAAGCAUUUGAAGUACACGUGUGGUAUUAAUCCACAAUUUUGUUGUACAUUUUGCGGAAAACAUUUAAGAUCGAAGCAAUCGUUGCAGUGUCACAUGUCCAGUGUUCAUCUAAAAAUUAUACUUUAGAACAUAUAUUUUUGUAAAAUAAACUUUGUAAUUAUAAUUUAUUAUUUCAAUUGUACUAAUAUACUAACUAUGCCUACUUAUGUUUAGGAUAUACUGACAACUACAAAAGAGGCGUAUUUAGGUUUUUCAAAAAGAAAUAAUGGAAUUUUAUUUGAAGGAUAUAAGGAUAGAGUAUAUUAAUGUUAUAAUAGUUAUUGAAACAAAAACCCAAGUAUAAACAUUUAGUUCAUUGUGUAUAAUCCUAAUAAACUGCACAAAAUGCAAGUUAGAAACAAAAUUUAGUAGCAUAGCAGUCUAAAUUAAUUAUUUUUAGUCGAUGAUAUAAAACAAUUUUAAAGUGGAUAAUGCUCUGGUGUUCAUUAGGUGCCUAGAGAAGUAACUGUAAUGAAUGUGUUAAAUUUUAAUUUAGUGAUAAUAUGUUGUCACAUUGUAUACAAAAAACGAUUCUGUGCAGACAGUCUUUCAGCCUUUUAUAUUACUAAGUAUAUUUUAUGAUAUUAGGUAUUGUGAUUAAAGUAAUUUAUUGUACUACUAAACAUAAGUACCUACUACAGUAGGUUAAUUUCAUUUUUCCGAAAAAGUCAUUGUGUAUAAAAUAUUUUAAAAGUUUCAAGUAAUUAAAAUUUUUAAAUAACAACAAAAUUACUAAAAUCUUUUUUCUUUGUUUAAAUAUCUAAUUUCAACCUAAUUUUAACUUACAAUGUCUAUACAAUUAACUGUGUUUAUAUAUUUUUUAAUUAACAUAUUAUGAACUAUUUAUCAGAACCAUAAUUUUAAUUGUUCAAUCCUUAGUUAUAAAUAUUACCUAGUAAAAAUUUUUUAUUAACAAUAAUUAAAAAAAAACUAAUAGAAAUCAAAAUUAUCUUAUGACUAUAAACAGCCAAAUUAUCCUCAAAAAAAUAUGCUAAAAGCAUGUUAAUAACAAAAGAUUUAUCAGCGUUGUGGAUGUCUAAAUUAAUUAUAGGUAUUUUGUCAAUGAUUUAAAAUAAUUUAAAUACUAUAUUUUCAGUGAAUUACAUGAAUCAGGCUUUUGGAUUGCCUUGUCCAAAUGGUUGUGGCCGAUCGUACAAAGGUAGAAACCGCAAACAUAAUCUCAAACGUCAUUUGAAGUAUGCGUGUGGCAUUAUUCCACAAUUUAAUUGUACAUUUUGCGGAAAACUAUUCAAGCAUAAGCGAUUGUUACAGAAUCAUUUAGUCAAUGUUCAUCAAGAAAAGAUACUUUGAAUAGUACAUUCAUGUAAAAUAAACUUUGUGUUUGGAAUUUAAAUAUAUUAUUUCAAUUGUAUUAAAAUACUCAAUAUACCAUAUCUAUGUUCAAGAAAUACUGACGGCUACUAAAGUGGUUUAUUUAAAAAACAAUGAAUGCAACCAUAUUUAAAGAUAGUUACAUGAAUCAGUCUUUUGGAGAAAAUUCAUUGUCUUGUCCAAGUGGUUGUGGCCGUUCGUGCAAAGGAGGAAACCGUAAAAACAAUCUCAAAUAUCAUAUGAAGCAUGAUUGUGGUAUAACUAAACCCCGGUUUUAUUGUAAAUUUUGCGAAAAACAAUUCUGGCAUAAGCGAUCAUUACAGUUUCAUUUAGUCAAUGUUCAUAAAGAAUAUUAACUGAAAAAAAUGUUUUUUUUUUAAAUUUAACUUACUAUUUGUAAUUUAAAUUGUAUUGAAAUUACUAUCUAGGUAUAUAAUACUUAUGUAGUUAUGUUUGGGUAAUGUUGUCAGAUUCAAAAUUAGAAUAUUUAGAUUUUUCAAAAGAAAGAAUGGAAAUUUAUUUAAAGGAUAGAAUGUAUUAAUUUAAUUGUAAACCAAAAUAUAUAAAUUUGGUUCAAAGAGAGAUCAAUUUUAAUAACACUCAAAAUAAUCUUUAAAACCAGUGAACCACUGUAACAUUUUAUUACCUGUCCAAAGUAGUACAGUAAAACUUCUGUUAACGGUCACCUCUAUAUGACGGUCACCUCCAUGUAACGGUCAAUUUUUUUGGUCCUGUCGAGUGUUAUCCUACCUCUGUAGGACGGGCACCUCUAAAUAACGGUCAUUAUUUACAGUCCCUUCGCUGACCGUUAUAUGGAAGUUCUACUAUACUAGACUCUUUGUUUUCGAUAAGAUUUAGGGUGAUACCAGGUAUGUCUGUAUUACAUUUAAAAAUUAUGAAACUCUUUGAAAUAUUAUAUUAUUAUCAAUUAAUUAAUGAAUCAGGAUUUUGAAAAAUAUUCAUUAUUUUUUCCAAAUAGUUAUUGGCUGAUUAUAUGAAGGUACAAAUCGCAAUAACAAUGCGUGUGACCACAAUUUCUUUUUACAUUUUUACAGAAACAAUUUAGGCCUAAAUGUUAGUUGCAUGAUCAGUUGGCCAAUGUUUAUGAAUACAUUAAUGAAUACAUUUUUGUAAAAUAAAUGAUGUAUUUGGUUUUAUUUUAUUAUUUAUACUAGGUUAUCUAUCUAUAUGUUUAGAUAAUACUUAAUACGUUUCAAAAUAGAGAAUGCAUUUAUUUAAUACUUAUGAAAAUUAAGUGUUUUAAUUUUUAAUAUUAUAAUAGUUAUAGAAAUUGAAUCAUCUUUUCGAAAAUACACAAAGGAAGCACGUUAUAAACCAAAUUUAGAUCAUUGACAUUUAUAAAAUAACUUUAUUUUAUUGACGAUACUAAGAAAUUGUAUGUUCUAUUUUCAGUUGAUUGCAUGAAUAAGACUUUUGAAAAUGAUCCGAUGUUUUGUCCAAAUGGUUGUGGCCGAUCGUAUAAAGGUACAAACCGCAAAAACAAUCUCAAACAUCAUUUGAAUUAUGCGUGUGGCAUUAAUCCACAAUUUCAAUGUACAGUUUGCCAAAAAAAAUUCAGAAAAAACCAAUCAUUGAAGUAUCAUAUGAUAACAGUUCAUCAAACAUGCAUAUUUUAAAAAUAAAAUAAAGUGUAAUGUAAAAAAUAAAAAUAAAGAAUUGAACAAUAAUUACAGAUUUUAUAACUAUUAUUUUCAACUACUCAAAUGUUAUAUAUUAAAAAUAAUAAUAAUAACUUAGUUUUAAUUUGAAGAAAGGUAAAACUUAAUUUUUAUAUUAGUUGUAUAUUUCUAUUCAAAGUCAGCAAAUUCUAUGUAACUAUAUCCCCGUGGACCGUCCUUACAGUUUAUUCCCGUGAAUGUACCAUCAUAAUUUAUCAAUAUGACUUAUCAGUUAACCUGUAUUAAGAACAUAAUACAAAUGACAUUUGCUACUAAACUAUGUUAUAUUAUUAAAAAAUGGAUAAGUAUUACAUAUUUAACAAUAGUAACGAUUAUCAAGUUUUUAGUUAUAGCUCAUUAUAGGGAUAUUUUAAUUUUCCUAGACCACGGCCAACGUAUAAAAUCUUGAACUAUAACGCUCUCAUUUUCCAACUCAUUAGUUUCUAUAGCGAGAGACAUAUUUAUGGGGGGAGGAAGGUAGAGGCCUGAUCGCCCCAGUAUUAGUUUUUAGGGAUUAUUGGCAUUAUUGUGCAAGGCUAUAAUCUCCUGUUAAUGAAGAGCUAUAUAAAUUACCUUAAAUUUUUUAAUAUAUCCCAAUUGAAAUAUUAUUCAAAUUAAAGAAAAAGGUAAACAGUUAAGAAAAAACAGACCAGAUUUAUCAUUUUCAAACAAAUAUAUGAUAGUGAAUUAUCACCCAAGCCCCAAAUGUCUGAAUACGUCUGCUAUAACAUUAAACAAAUCAUAGUAAUCCAUUAAUUGAAUUCGGAAGACUUCCGAUUUAUUUUUAUCUUGCAUCCGCACAACUACUAUGCUGAAGUGACUAUCUUUAUGUUUAACUUACUAUAUUUGUUCCUACUUUACAUUGAAUGUAAAAUAUGUUGUGGUUGUUGGAAACUUAUUAAAUUCAAUAUUUAAUAUUUGAGGCAAAUUAUUAAUGUUCAUGUAUUAUAUGUUGUAUAAUUAUUUUUAGCUUGCUAUAUGUAAUGCAUAAUAAUCAAAAUCAACAUUAAUCAUAAUGCGCUUUGGUUUUUUCAUAUCAAUUAUAUUUGGUCAAUAAAAUAAUACAAUUUAAAUGUUAUAUUUGCAGACGAUACCAUAACGGAAUUAUUAUGUAAAGCUAGUGAAAAUGACCCAAUAUUGUGUCCAUACAAUUGUGGUACUUUGUUUAAUGGAAGAUAUCGAAAAAAAAAUCUAAAAAGACAUUUAAAUUAUUCAUGUUUUGUUAACCCAAAACUAGAGUGUAAAUAUUGCAAAAAAACAAUUAGAAAUAAAAGAUCAUUAGAUUAUCAUAUGAUGACCAAUCAUCCAGAACUUAUAAUUUAACGAAGGUUUAAAGGGAAUAUCUUAAAUUAAUAUUAUUUGUAUUUAAAUAUGUAGAACUAUUUUGAUUUUAUAAAUAAAGUACAUUUUGAUUUAAAACAAUACUGAUUUGUUUUAUUUGUUUCAAAACAGUGGUGUAUAAUGUGGGGGGAGGCUGAACAACAGUAAAUCAGAAUUUGAUAUCGGUUACCUUAUACUAUGGUUGUUAUUACUAUAUCCUGUCAACGUAAUAACCUCUACAAAUAAUUGAUAAUACGCAAAAUAUUUCUUCAAAACUGUUUUCAGAAAUAUCAUGGUUUGUACUUUGCCUUUUAUUAUACAAAAUGUAUACAAUAACAUGGCCAAUAGGGCUUCCCCCUGAGUACACCACUGUUUCAAAAUACAUUAUACAUAACUUCAUCUAUAUAUUUUAAUACAAAUUCUGCUGAUUGUAUUUCAAUUUCUUCCGCUAUGUUUAAAAUCACGAUUCAACGUAAGAUAUCAGAAACCGGACCACUCUGGAAUUUGACACUGAAAAAAUAUGUUCAAAGUCAGGUUUUAUAGAAAGAUAGUAAAGAUAUUACCGAAAAUGCUCAUUGUAAUAGGCCAACCUAUUUCAAAGGUUCAACAAUUUCAUAUAAUCAUAUGUGGUUUUUAUUAUAAUAAAUAAUUAACUAUAUAACAUAAAUAAAGUUUUUUUUAAAACAUAAUAUUCUUUAAAUGACUGUUUAGCUGUGUUGUAUUGUAGAAAAGAAACAUUUAGUAUCAGCUGCUUAGCCAUUCUUAAGAAAUUAUGUAUCUCAACAUCAACUACUGUGUACAUUGUAUAUAGUAUAUAUUUUAUACUUGGCCAACAAAUUAAAAAAAAAAACUAUAAUGUUAUGUUUGCAGAGAAUACCAUGAUGGAAUUAUUAAAUAAAGUAAGUGAAAAUGAUCCUGUAUUCUGUCCAAAUGGAUGUGGUCAUUCAUAUGUGGGCAUUCACCGCAAACACAGUCUCAAAAAGCAUUUAGUUUAUGCAUGCGGAAAGAAUCCACAAUUUCAUUGUAUGUAUUGUCAAAGACAAUUCAGGCAUAAGCAAUCGUUACAGUAUCAUUUAACCACUAUUCAUCAAGAAAAUAUACUUUAAAAAAUAUUAUUUUUGUGAUAUAAACUUUGUAAUUAUAAUUAUAAUUUAUUAUUAUAUUUUAUUAAAAUACUAAUUUGUUUUUAUGUUUAGGAAAUGCAGACUGCUACAAAAGUGGCAUAUUUAAGUUAAUCGUAAAUAAUGAAAUUAAUUUUAUUUAAAGGCUAUAAGGAUUAAGGAUGCAAUAUAUUACUUUCAGUAUUAUAAUAUAGUAGCAAUUGAAAUGUAAGCCUACAUAUACAUUUUUAAUCCAAAGACUGAUCAAUCCUAAUAAUCUUCACUUAAUUAUUUAUUUAUUUCAAACAUUAAUUAUGCAAAAAGCUCGUUAAAAACAAAAUUUAGUACCAAUCACAACACUAAGGCAUUCCAAAUUAUCUAUAUACUUGUUGUCAAAUGUCAAUGAUAUACAAUAAUUUAAAUAUUAUAUUUUCAGUUAAGUACUUGAAUCAAUCUUUGGAAAAAUGUCAAAUGUUUUGUGCAAAUGGUUGUGGCUAAUCAUAUAUCAGGAAAAAAUAGCAAAUACAAUCUCAAACAGCAUUUAAAAUACACGUGUGGACGUGUGGUAUUAAUCCAUAAUUCUGUUGUACAUUUUGUGGAAAACAUUUAAGAUCUAAGCAAUCGUUACAGUGUCACAUGUCCAGUGUUCAUCAACAAAUUAUACUUUAGAACAUAUAUUUUUGUAAAAAAACUUUGUAUUUGGAAUUUAAAUGUAUUAUUUAAAUUUUAUUUAAAUACCACCUACAUUAAAUGUAGGUUUUAUAAUUUCAACGGAUACAAUAAUAGUUACAAGAUGUUAGGUCUUUCCAAAAGGAAAAAAUAAAUUUUAUUUACGGUUAUGACUUACAAGGAAUAAGAAUGAAAUAUUUUAAUGUUAUAUUAUAACAGUACUUACCUUAUUGAAAUAUAAAAAUUUAGUUCAAAGAGUGAUCAAUCCAAAUGAUCCCCAUGUAAAUACAUAAAACCCCCAUUAAAAAUACAUUUUAGUAUUGGAGCAGUCUAUAUUAAUUAUUUGUUCAAUGAUAUAAAAUAAUUAAAAUAUUAUAUUUUCAGUUAAGUACAUGGAUCAAACUGUUGAAAAAUAUCGAAUAUUUUGCCCAAAUGAUUGUGGAAGAUCAUAUAUUGGUAAAAACCGCAAAUACAAUCUCAAACAUCAUUUGAAUUACAAGUGUGGCGUUAAUCCACAAUUUCAAUGUACAGUUUGCCAAACAAAGUAUAGAAACAACGAAUCAUUGAAGUGUCAUAUGAUGAAAAUUCAUCAAAUAUGUAUAUUUAAAUUAUCAAAAAUGAAUUAAUUACAAAAUAAAUAUAGUUUCUGAUUUUAUGUUUAUUAUUUUUAUUUAACUAUAAUUAAUAUUAAAAAAAAAAUUAAUUAUAACUUUUAAGCUUAAAUUUAAAGCAGGGGUUGGCAACCUUUUUGGUGUCAAGGGCCAAAAGAUAAAAAUAAAUUUUUUCACAGGCCAUAAUUUGAAUACACCUUAUUUUAUUUAAACGAAAUAUUGUAGUAAUUUAAAAUUUAAUUUAUUUAAAUACAUCACUGAUUGGUACAUUAAUUAUCGAGGUAUCUACAAACAAAGUUAUAAUAAUAAUUACACGUAAUAAUAAUAAUAAAAAAAUACAUAGUAAAAUAUAGUAUAAUAUUGGAAAAAAUAAAUAAAUAAAAAUUAAUGUGAUUUUUGAGUUUGAAUAGCAUCAACAAGUGUAUUGAUAGCAGGUUUUAUUUUCGAUGUAGAAAUUCUCAAUACAGCGUUUAAGUGACCAUCGGUUAAUCGCGAAACAUAUUUGCUUUUCCGAUAUUUCAUUAGGGAAAAAGUUUGUUCACAAAUAUAAGUGCUCCCAAAUAUGGUCAACAUUUUUUUAGCAAAAUAUUUUAUUUUGCUAAAUUUUGUUUCACAGAGACUCGAAUAAAACUGAAUUAAAUUAUUACAAUCACGAAAAGCGGUUUUAAGACAUUCGUCACUUUGCAACUCAAUAAUUUCCAUUUGUAAACAGCUUUCAACGUCAUCAAUAUCAACUACAAACGGGUUCUGAAAUAAUUUAAUUUUGAGGUCAAUUGAAUAAAAAUCAGAAAAUCUGGUUGAAAAUUCAUUUUGUAAUUUUUCAAUGAUACUCAUAAAUUUUACUUUAACUUCUUCCCAGUUACAUUGUUGAAAUGUUUCCAUGGCUUUUUUACAACAAACAAAAUGAUCUAAUUUUUUUUCAUCAAUAUGCUUGUAAAAAGUUCGGUCCAAUCUUCUUUAAAAAUACGAUGCUCAUCGUUAAUUUUUCGUUUAGGAGCCAUAGAGUUACACGUACAAAAAUUUGAAACACAGAAUUGAGACGAUUACACUUCACUAGAAAAUCAAUUCAGUAAUACUAAGUCGUAUUUCGUUUUGUAUAAUAUAAUUAUUAUCAAUGUUUAACGAAACGUAGAUAACAUGUACAAUGUUUCUAUACAUAAUAUCUAUUUUUGUUCAAUAAUUGUAUAACUAACUUCUCGUGAGAAAUCCCAAUUUUUAUCAGCAAAGAUAACGUGUUGUAUAAUAUUUUUAAACUAACUAUAAAUUAUUAUCGCGGGCCGCAUAAAAUUGCUACGCGGGCCGCGGGUUGCCGACCCAUGAUUUAAAGCAUACUAAAACUUGAUUGGUUUUCUUAUGGUUUUAGGUUUUAGGAUAUUCUAACUAUAUCUUCGUUGGCCGUCGUAUCCAUCAUACGCCCAUGUAAUUCGUAACUGGGAUCCUUUGUUUGUACCAUUAUUGAUAAUGGUACAAACAAAGGAUCCCAGGAACAAAUAUCUUAUUUUAUUUUAUACAAAAAUAUAUAACCACAUCAAAUUUAGUUCAUUUAAGUUCAAACCGUUAGCUUUAUUAAUUUAAUAAGGUAUCUCCAUAUAAACAACAUUCUAAUCCAUCUUAAUUUGUGAUUUUUGUACAAAUUAUAAAUUUGACUCUGGGCCACAUACAAUUUAAUACUUAUUUAUUAAUAUGAUGGCCACAUCGCGGCCCCCAGGGCCUUGGGUUGCCGACCCCCUGGCCUCAACAACAAUAAGUGUUAAAACCCGUAAACUAAAACAUGCUCGAUUAGUGUAUUUUCCCAAGUUGUUUGUUACCAUAACACUGAAAAAUAGUAAACCAUUUAUUGAAUUCGGAAGGCUUCUGAUUAUUUUUUAACCAUCCUCCACGCAGUUACCAAGCUGGAGAUGAAAUAUUUCGUGUUUAACUCAGUCAAAAUCAUAAAAGACAUUUAUAGCAUUAUAUGUACUUCAUUAACCGACAAUUUGAAAGUCAAUUUAAAAAAAAAAAAAGUUAAUUUGAAAAACUUUUUUGUCCUUGUUUCAAAAUAAAUUAUACUUCACCGAUACAUUUUAAUAAAAAUAUUUAAAUUGUUUUUCAAGUAGGUAUAUAAUUGUGGAAUAUCUAAAGCAAAAAUGUAUUUCGGUCUAACUCAUGAUAUUUUAUGGUAUGCGGUAGGUAACAAUGAAAAUUUUUGGAAGCAUCCAUUUUAUUUUUAUUUUAUUUUAUUUUAUUUUAUUUUUGUUUAAAAGUUCACGUUGGAACACGUUUCUACUAUAUCUACAGAUUGGUCUUGUUUUCAAUACAUUCUGUCUAAUCGGUGUUUUUGACUCCAAAUUCCAAUGCCUUCUGCAGUUCUACAAUGUUGAAAAUUGGUAUUGAUAUCAGUAAUAAAAACAACUAACAUUGAUCAUUGAAAUAUGUUCAUAGUAAAUGGCAAACUAUGAAUGCUUUAAAACUUUGAUAUUUGGUUUUUAUUAUAACUACUAAAAAUUCUAAUUAAUAUAAAUAAACUGUUCUUUAAGAUGUAUUCAUGCAAUGGCUGAAUGGCUGUGUUAUAUUGUAGAAAAGAAACAUUUAGUAUCCAUAGCUUUAACCAUUUUAAAGAUGUUAUGUAUCUCACUUCAACUAAAGUCUAAAUUAUUGUAUACUUAUAGUUAGCCAAUUAAAUAAAACAACUAAAAUGUUAUAUUUACAGAGAAUGCC